AUUUGUCAUACAUAAGAUGGAGCAUAUAUUAAUAAAGGCUGAAGGUGCUGAAAAUUAUGGUUCAAUGGAUAUGUCACCAGAAUGCAAACCAAGACCUUUAAGAGAUAAUAGUUCAUUUGGAGAAUAUGUGAUCAUAGCGAAAACGAUAUUUUUAGGACCUCAUUGUUAUAUUAUAUAAAAUAUUAUAGGGCCAUUAUUUGCUGGUACUUUGAUUGGAUUCAAUAUAUUUGCCUACAUUUUGAUGAGAUAAUAAAAAGCUUUGGGUAAUGAUAUAACUUUUGCAAUAAUAAUUACUAUUGCAUAAUCAAUAUUUUAUUUGGGUGUAGGAUUAGCUAAUCCUGGAAUUUCAAAUGAUUCAUCUUUAAAUUAAUAAUACUUAGGAUAGUUGUAUACUUUGUCAAAUAAGCCAUAAUAGAGAAAUGUUUGGUAUUGUGAAAAAUGUUAAAAAAUAUAACCAGCUCGUUCUGAACAUUGUCCAUUUUGUAAGGUAUGUAUUACAAAUUAUGAUCAUCAUUGUCCUUGGACAGGAAAAUGUAUUGGAGGUGAAAAUCUCUUUCAUUUCUGGGCAUUUCUUAUCUCAACUGUAGUUUUCUUCACCUAUUUUAUUACAUUAAUCCUAAACUAAAGAGAGAAAGCCCUAGCAAAAUGAUUUAGUUUAUUAAUUUAUAAUAAAUACCUUAGGAC